AUGGUGCAGCAACUGCCUCCUCAAGGGGGCUCGCGCAAGAUCUCCUUCAACGUUUCCGACCAAUAUGAAAUCUCCGAUGUCAUCGGCGAGGGCGCCUAUGGCGUUGUCUGCUCCGCCGUCCACAAACCCUCCGGCCAACGAGUGGCCAUCAAGAAAAUCACCCCCUUUGAUCACUCCAUGUUCUGCCUGCGAACCCUGCGUGAGAUGAAGCUGCUGCGAUAUUUCAACCACGAGAACAUCAUUUCCAUUCUGGACAUCCAGCGACCUCGCAAUUACGAGAGCUUCAACGAGGUCUAUCUCAUUCAGGAACUGAUGGAAACCGAUAUGCACCGCGUCAUCCGCACCCAAGAUCUCUCCGACGAUCACUGCCAGUACUUCAUCUACCAGACCCUGCGGGCGCUCAAAGCCAUGCACUCCGCCAACGUGCUGCAUCGCGAUCUCAAGCCGUCCAACCUGCUCCUCAACGCCAACUGCGAUCUCAAGGUCUGCGACUUUGGCCUGGCCCGCUCCGCGGCCUCCACCGACGACAACUCGGGCUUCAUGACGGAAUAUGUGGCCACCCGGUGGUACCGCGCCCCGGAGAUCAUGUUGACAUUUAAAGAAUACACCAAAGCGAUUGACGUGUGGAGCGUGGGGUGUAUACUGGCGGAGAUGCUCAGCGGCAAGCCUCUUUUUCCAGGGAAAGACUACCACCACCAAUUGACCCUCAUCCUGGACGUCCUGGGGACACCAACGAUGGAAGACUACUACGGAAUCAAGUCCCGACGGGCUCGGGAGUACAUCCGGUCUCUGCCGUUUAAGAAGAAGAUCCCGUUCAAGGCGCUGUUCCCGAAGAGCAACGACCUGGCGUUGGAUUUGCUGGAGAAGCUGCUGGCGUUCAACCCAGCCAAGCGUAUCUCCGUCGAAGAAGCGCUCCGCCAUCCGUAUCUGGAACCGUACCACGAUCCCGAAGACGAGCCCACCGCGCCGCCUAUCCCAGACGGGUUCUUCGAUUUCGAUAAGAACAAGGAUGCGCUCAGCAAGGAGCAGUUGAAGAUCCUGAUCUACGAGGAGAUCAUGCGGUAG